UUUUGUAUAUCCGCAGUCUGGUCCGAGUUGGUCGUCAGCGAAGAAGGAAGCGAAUAUGCUAAUGUGCAUAUUUUUUAAUUUAAAGCUUUACUCAAAAUAUAUUAAAGUUUGACUUGUUAUAGGUAGAGUUAUUCACGGUAUUCACAGUAACUCUUCUAGUAAUCGGACAUUUGAUUUUCGUGUCAGACUUCAUCUUGUUUACCUUUUGCUGUAACUGUUAGCAAGAGAGCUAACGACUUUAGCAGAGUUCUUUGCUAGCCAGCUAGCUUAGCUAGCGAACGAGCUAAGGCUAACUUGUGGCGAAAUGGCGGCCAACACGACACAAGCAACCCCUACAACUAAUUGGUCCUAUAGUGCUGCUGGUGAUGGCCAAGUUCAUGAAAACCCAGAAUGGGAGAAAGCCAGACAGGCACUUGCCUCCAUUAACAAGAGUCAAAGCCAGAGCACUGCUAAGACUACACAAGCCAACCGGACCACAGCAGAGGCCGGUCAGUUUCAGCCAGCAGUGACAGACUCUACUGCCAUUCAGCAACAGCAGCAGCCACAACACCAGCAGCAGCAGCAGCAACAACAGCAGUACUAUCCGUGGUACCAGCAAACUCAGCAACAUUAUCCUGGAUACACAUACCCCUAUAACUAUUACUACCCCAUGGGUCCAUAUGGAGCUGCAUAUCCACCAAAUCAGUAUGGAGUACCUGCAGGAGGCUCUUACCCAGGAACUCCAACCUCUAAUGGACAGCCUCCUCCAGUGCCUGGGAUGGAAGACCAGUCCCCCAACUACCCUUCUCAACCACAACCUCCUCCCCCUUCUACUCCUCAGCCACCCCAGAGCCCAACUACUUCAGAGAAACCCCCUCCUCCUCCACCCCCCCCUAUUCCUCCCUCACCCAACUCCCAGUACCCCGCUCAUCCAUCACAAAAUUCUUACAGUGCCACUAACUCCAUGCAAUACCCACCUGGCGACCCAAACCAAAUGCAAGUUUACAAUCAUUCUCAGGGGCGGCCUAACUAUGGACAGGGCUUCCAGGCCCAGAAUACUUAUCAGCCCUCUCAGAAUACAUCCCAGCAGCAACAGCAGUCAGGCCAGUAUGUACCAGGACUCGGCAGAGGAGACAACAAAAACAAAAACCAAAAACAAGGACAGCAACUGUGGCACCGCAUGAAACAGGCACCUGGGACAGCUUCUGUGAAGUUCAAUAUUCACAAGAGGCCCUAUCAGGUUCAGAGCAAUCAGACUUUUCCUCCAGGCGAGCAGCCCUCAGGUCUGAAUCCAACUCCUUCCUCCCCAGCUAGUACCAGUGGUGCACCCGGAGGUGCUCAGACACGACCUCAGGACUGGCCACAAGCCAUGAAGGAAUACGUGCAGCGCUGUUUCACAGCCUGUGAGACGGAGGAAGACAAAGAUCGUACAGAGAAAGUGCUAAAGGAAGUUCUGCAGGACAGGUUAAAGGAUGGCUCUGCUUACACCAUUGAUUGGACUCGUGAGCCAUUGCCAGAACUAAAGGUCAAGCAGUCUCGUUGGGAAUCUGUUCCAUCCCAGAGGUCAUCAGAUGGCUCAGUGAGCCGUGGUGGAAGUACAGCGGCUGCAGCUUCAAGAGGCAGGGGUGCUGGACACAGAUUGGGCCACUACAGGAAUAUAUUUUCUCAAAGGAGUCCCUCUUCUAGUUCCUCCAAUUCCUCCUCCCGCUCCCCAUCCCCCUCCCACGGCCGACACAGGGACCGCAGCAACCAAAGGCACAGACGCAGUGAUUCUGGCUCCCAGUCAGACAGCAGCAUCUCCAGUGACCUCCGACCUCAGCUGUCACGACGAAGUCAGAGAGGCGCACGUGGUCGUGGUAAUGACAGGGAUAGAGGACGUGGAGGUGGAGAGAGGGGACGGGGAAGAGGAAAAGCCAACAGAGGAAGGCGGAACAUGGAGGAUUCCAAUGCUACUGUUGGAAAGAAGAGGAAAGGCGGCAACGCUGGUCUGGAUUUCCAUGACCCCAACAGAGAAGCCAAAAAGCAGAGCAGAGCUGCUCGUUUCCACAAGCAGCUCCGCUCAGAGCCCCUGGUUCUCUCCAUCAAUAGUCUGGAUUUACCCGAUGGAUCACAGGAGGGCAUCAGCUGGGAGGACUGCCCCAUUGUGGGAACAUGCCAGGACAUUACUAAGUCCUACCUGAGGCUCACCUGCGCUCCGGACGCCUCUACUGUGCGCCCUGUGCAAGUCCUGAGAAAAUCUCUGCAGGCUGUGAAAGCCCACUGGCAAACCCACCAGGACUAUGUCUAUGCUUGUGAACAGAUGAAGUCCAUACGACAGGACCUCACGGUCCAAGGAGUUCGUACUGAAUUCACAGUGGAAGUGUACGAGUGUCAUGCUCGCAUUGCUCUGGAAAAGGGAGACCAUGAAGAGUUCAACCAGUGCCAGACCCAACUAAAGGCCCUGUAUAAGGACAAUCCCUCGGACAACAUAGGAGAGUUCACAGCAUAUAGAUUGCUGUAUUACAUCUUCACUAAAAACUCUGGAGAUCUGACCACUGAGUUGGUAUAUUUGACCCCGGCGUUGCGGGCAGAUGUGUGUGUGGCUCAUGCUCUUGCACUCCGUGCUGCCUGGGCGUUAGGAAACUUUCGCCGUUUCUUUAAGCUGUACCUGGAAGCCCCGCGCAUGGCUUCAUACCUUAUUGACAAGUUUGUAGAGAGGGAAAGAAAGAUUGCUCUUCGGGCCAUAUUCAAAACGUUCAGGCCUGACUUACCGGUGCAGUAUGUGCAGUCCACUCUGGGUUUCCCUUGUUUAGACUCCUGUAUGGCCUUUCUUACUGGGCUAGGUGUCACCUUUAUCCCCUCUGACCCCCAAAAGAUAGACUGCAAAACCAGCACAGCCUCUUUGGCUGCCUCCUGAGAGGGUGGGGAGAUAGCAGCAUGAAGGGAGACAAUAGGGGACCAUCAUGGAGCCUAACAUAUACAAUGCACUGCACUUCAAACACCUCAGCCAGCUCAAAUACAGUAGUUGGCAGACUACCACUAUAUAUAGAAAGAUACCUGCUAGAAUAAUCGACUGAAAGAUUCAGAUUUCAGAAGGCAGAUGUGAUUUUGAACUGUUCAAAUACAAGGAGCCUGCACAUACUGUCACUCAAAUAUUGUAGGUUAGGCUAAUGCCCAAGGUAUCUCACUACAUUUCUAAUGCCAGAAAAGUGGGUGAACAGUUUAGAUUUGGGAUUAUUAUGUAAUCUCAGCACUUAAAGGCCACAAAGUCUCAGAACCAGAUCAGGGAGGCCCUCAUGGUUCCUGUUCCUUUACCGCCAUCAGAUGUCAAAGCUAACAGUGUUGUCAUGUUUUUUCCUUCCUCAAGUAAACAGCUCCAAGACCUGAGGUUUCAAGCCUUGUCAACCAAAAGGGAAAUACAAACAGCAAGUUCUUCAAGUCAUUCAUCCAGCUGUCUCCCGUUUGAAGUCAAGCUUACAGAAUCGGGUCAACGUUACACUUUCCUCGUAGAGACUGUGAGACAACGAGGUGAGAAGAUGCCAGCAGUUUGUCUGAAAGAAGAGUUGGUGGUUUGUAUGCCCUGCCCUGCACCAGGUUAUCGUCAAGGUAUCUACAGUUGGCUGUUCGUCCUGUUCCUUGUCCCCAAUCAUAUGACCCGUGAAAGCAAUGGACUGAUGUCAGAAAGUCUUGUUCCUGAUUUAAUUAAGUAGUAUUCACUCGCUGGGCGCAGUCAUGAAAUGGUCGGCCAGCAUUGGGGGGUUGCAAUCUGAUGAGCAUUGACUUUGUGUAUGAUAAAGGAGAUAGAGGAAAGUGUUCUUCAUCAAGGUGAUCUCUUCACUCCUACAUACCCUCGAAGCUGAGCUCCAUCCCCAGAUCCAGAGGCAGAGAGGGAAUCUGCUUCCAUCAUCAGGUAGAAGUCUUGCCAGCACGUGGAAUCCGGCCUGAUCAAAACAGCGCAGCGAUGAAGCCCAUCUUUCUUCCACGGUGGUUAACCUCCCCAGAUGUUCAAAUGAAAGGGGCAUCUAUGCUGCCAUGUCCGUGACAACUGAAGGGGAAUUCUGCGUUGUGGAGCAUCAGUGGUUUGUAUGCUACAUCUGGCUCUGGUGUUUGCAAGGCUGGUAAGCGAAAGGGACUUCUCUGGAAGGAGGUGGAUGACGGCACAACAGAGAUGUUGCCUCACAUUUCUUCUGUGUGAAAUGUUUUCUGUGUUGUGUUUUGUGGACAGCAGUAUUGUCUCGACAAAAGGAUAAAGAAUUAUGGAGCUACAGAGAAGAUUUUUCUGAAAGUUUGCAGCUUGUUAUUGGAUAGAUUAAGUAUCAAAGCAAAUUUGACAAUAUUCUAAAAUACCAAAAAUAAGUCAGACCUUUUACUGCAUAGAUGCACACUGCUGUCUAAAUGUCACAUGGUAAAGUAUUUAAAUCAAAACAAGUUUUAAACUGAUGUAGACCGUAAAUGAAUUAAGUAGGAGAUGCAGGUAGCGUGAACAGUCGUGUUUUAUGUCAAUUCUUCCAGUAGUUAUGAAAAGUUUCCAAAAUAAAAUCUGCAUUUGUAGCCUCCCUUAAUAAGAAAACAGAAGCUUCUCUAAAUGGCAGUGGAGUUAGUUCUCCCUGAUAAGAUUUUGGUCCCUUUAUCCUCAGGAGGUUUGUGCUUUUCUGGACCUAAAAGAAUAAUAGAGGGUGGUGGUGGUGCACACUGUCUUGCAUGAUGAUUGGGGGGGGAAAUGUGUCACGAUACUUAAUAGUGAUUAGACGGCUCAGAAUUGUACCCCCUAACCAACAUAACCCUUAAUGUUCCACCAUAUGCAAUAAUUUGGCUUUUUAUAUAGUGUUAUUGUGCUGAAAUCGAAAACACAGGUCGACAUUGUUCCUCAUAAAUGGAGGGAUUGUUUUUUUUUUUGUUUUUUUUUAACAGCUUUAAUUAUCACUGUAGAAAUAUUGCGCCUGAGGUAUGUGGUGUAACUGACCAGAACACGAGUGGAUGCAGGCUUUCUGUACAAUCUACAUAUUUACUUGUCUUCAGAAUAUGUCUGUAAAUACUGUAUAAUAUUGCUGCUGUGUUUUUGUUUGUUUUUUCGAUUAGUGCAUAGUGUAGGUUUUUUGUUCACACGUGGGUAAGUGUGAAUUUAAUUUUUAUUUUUAUUUUUUUCCCCCUCCUCCUGUGUUUUGCGAAAUUCUUUGACUCUGUGAAUAUGUAACCCUAACUGCAGACAGGUCUGGAUUGCUUUGUGUGCUGUGUUGUCACCACCACAGUGGUUGUCGUGGUAGAGUUAAUUGCCAUUUUCCAGUGCUAGUUUCUAAAAACAUUAGCACAGGCUCUUGAAUCAAAUUUUGCCGAGAUGUCAUGCUCAUUUUCCAGUGAAAUGACAAAUUUGGUCGUGAAAAGGAUCCCUUAACUCGAAGAACACGUGUCACUUGCCUGUUUUGUAGCAAUCUUGUGUUGGCAGAUAGUUCCAUGCAGAGCUGGUAUAUAAUCAGUGGUAAAUGGACCACCUUUGACAAACGCACGAAAUGUUAACAUCUUCCACAAAAGGAAAAAUUUGCAUCAGGUUAACAAAACUCCCUCGUAAACCUGGAUCGUCACUUUGUUUCUCCAAACUGUUCUUUGUUGACCAUUAUUUCAGAAAACCUUUUGUAAAGACAAUAAUCUCAGUAUGUUUUCUUUCUUUCCCCUUUCAUUUACCUGACCCCCCCUCCCCCUCCGUCCUCUUUGCCAUUCCCUCCCCUCGCUUCCUAAACCUUUCUCUCACACACCACCAGACUUCUCAUUCUUCAGCUCGUAGCACUGCUGCGUUGCAGGAGCACACGGAGUGAAAAGUGGGUGAACCACCUCCAGACGCCAGCCGGAGAGAGUGAAUUGUGAGCAAUCCAAGUCUUGGUUUGACCCACUGAAGUUGAAGCCAUACAGCUGAUACAAUACACGGGAGCCUCACAUAAUGACGUGGAAAAUGUUCAUUUGCUGCUAAUCCAAAUAUUUAAAAUGGCUUUCUGUGCAACAUGAUACCUGUUUAGUUUUGAAAAUGUUGUUCGACGAUUGACAAAGUCAACAUGUACUGUUUUCUGUUUGUCCAGAUGCAUUUACAAUUUUAUUAAUUUUUUUUUAAUAAUACACCAACGGUUUGCUGUUUAAAAUUUGUCAUUCAGGUUUUUUUUCUUUCAUCCUAUUUAUUUAUAGUAAGGAAUAAUUUGGCUUGUAUUUGCUUGCUUGACGGACCCUGUUGGAGUCAGUUACAGUAGAGUAAUUUUGAGAGUUUGAGCCCUCAUCUAAAAAUGUGUCUGGGCAUACAGAACAUGUCCUCAAAAUUCACCUACAUUUAGUAACAAUUUUCUUUUAUUAAGUAUGCAGUCUUCUUCAGGCAAAGUUUCUUUGACAAGUGCUGGUGCGUGCUUUGGUUUCUUAUGUGAUGAGCUUGAUUCAUAGCUGCUGGUUUGUGUAAAUGUAAAAAAAAAAAAGUUUUACACAUAGUUAAAGGGUGUACAUCUGAUGUCUCAAGUUUUCAGCAUUGAACCGCACAAAACGUUUUUUUUGUUUUUUUUAAGUAGUAAAUUCACCCCAGACAACUAACAAUACACAUUUUCAUUUUGGAUGCUUUUCCUCUGAUGCUUGAGUCAUGUUCUUGGUAAUUUUUUUUUCUCCCAUGUUACUGUUUACUUCCCAUCAGUCCGUGUAAUGCCUUCCUUGAUAUUUGACACUGGAACAACUCCCACGUCCCUCACUUCAGCUGUGUUCAUUUCCUGCUGUUUCCUUUUUAACUCUUCAUUUGAAUUUGUCUGUUCUCACUUUCUCUCCCUGCAUGCUUUCCUCUCCCAUCUCCUCAAACUCUCUAAUCAGCAUUGUUUUCUCUUCUCAUUCUUAUAUUUUUCCUUUUUCUGUUGAGUAUGUUUGUGACCGUGUGCCACUAGUCACUCUCACUAGUAAGUAUUUUAUUGCGUCUGGAGUGCUUUAAUAGUUUAUGUUGCAGCUCACUAACAACUGAAGCUGAAAGUUUAUCUGCAAUGCUUCCCCUAUCUCCAUUCCUCUACAGAUCUGACAUGACAAACUGCCAUUUUGUAAAUAUUGUGUACAUAUUUUGAAAAAUCAAAUAAAAAUGAAGUAUAAAGGGCA